GAUCAGGCAGAAGGAGAAGGACUUGCUGCUGGCGGCCAGGCUGGGGAAGGCUCUGCUGGAGAGGAACCAGGACAUGAGCCGGCAGUACGAGAGGAUGCACAAGGAGCUCACCGACAAGCUGGAGCAUCUAGAGCAAGAGAAACAUGAAUUAAGACGAAGAUUUGAGAACAGAGAAGGAGAAUGGGAAGGAAGGGUGUCAGAGUUGGAAAGUGAUGUGAAACAGCUACAGGACGAGCUGGAGAGACAGCAGGUUCACCUUCGUGAAGCAGAUCGAGAGAAAACACGUGCCGUCCAGGAAUUAUCUGAACAGAACCAAAGACUCUUGGAUCAGCUCAGCAGGGCAUCGGAAGUGGAGAGACAGCUCUCUAUGCAGGUCCAUACUCUUCGAGAAGACUUCCGGGAGAAAAGCUCCUCAACCAACCAACAUAUAGUACGGCUUGAGAGUCUCCAAGCUGAGCAAGUCCUUGAAAUUAAAAUGCUUACUGAUAGGAAGAGGGAGCUUGAGCAUCGCCUUAGUGCCAUGAUGGAGGAAAAUGAUUUGCUUCAGGGAACUGUGGAGGAACUGCAAGAUCGAGUCCUGAUCCUGGAGCGACAAAGCCAUGAAAAGGAUAUGCAGCUGCACCAAAGUCAGAUGGAGCUCCAGGAAGUUCGGUUGUCCUAUCGACAGCUCCAAGGGAAGGUAGAAGAGCUUAGUGAAGAGAGAAGUUUGCAAAGCUUCAAUACAACCAGCACAUCCCUGCUAUCUGAGAUCGAGCAGAGUAUGGAAGCAGAGGAACUGGAACAAGAGAGAGAGCAGCUGAGACUGCAGCUCUGGGAAGCCUAUUGCCAAGUCAGAUAUCUUUGCUCUCAUCUCCGAGGAAAUGACAGCGCAGACUCUGCAGUCUCUACAGACUCCUCCAUGGAUGAAUCUUCAGAAACCUCAUCAGCCAAAGAUGUCCCAGCUGGCAGUCUACGUGCUGCUCUCAGUGAGCUGAAAAGACUAAUACAAAAUGUUCUGGAUGGGACAGAUUCCACGAGCUCUCGGAGAAGCGAUGACGAUGCCUUAGAAGAACAAAUCAGGAGAACAAGUGAAGACUCAAGAGCCCUGAGGGAGUUAAUGGAGGGAGAAAGGGGGAAACUGAGGCAGAGCCUAGAAGAGCUCCAGCGGCUUCACAGCCAGGUGACACUGCUGAGUGUGGAAAUGACUGCACUGAAAGAAGAAAGGGAUAGACUUCGAGGGUCAACUGAAGAUAAAGAGAUAAAUGAACAGCUUGUGAAGGCCAUCAGGGAUCGAGAUGAGGCCAUUGCCAAGAAGAAUGCAGUAGAAAUCGAACUAGCCAAGUGUAAGAUUGACAUGAUGUCUCUGAACAGUCAGCUGCUGGAUGCCAUUCAGCAGAAAGUGAACCUCUCGCAGCAGCUUGAGGCAUGGCAGGACGACAUGCACAGGGUCAUUGACCAGCAGCUGAUGGACAAACACCCGAAGGAAUGGAGCCAGCCUGCCUAUUCCUUCUCCAAUGGCUAUGGUGCAAAGCGGAGCGCAAGACCCUCCCCCGUGUUCAGGCUGGAGCAGCAGGGGGAUGAGCCCGUUGGGGCAGAAGGGAACCGUCUCUUUUCCUUUUUCAAGAAAAAUUAGUGUGAAAGGAGAAACCUCUUUACUUAUCCUGCUUCAUGAUGGGAAGUAGGGGCAACUGCCCAGCUUGCUGAUGGACCCAAUAGGAAAAACACAAAAGGCAAAGAAAUUAACCCUUGAGACUCUGCACUAUCUACACUCCAUGUGGUCUGAUCCACUGUUUACAUAAAUUGGCGAUGACAAUUGGACGGUGAUACCAAUUGAGAGCAACGGUUCCUGUUCCUUAAGUGAUAAACUGCAGGGUGCAUUUUAGGCACUUUGAGAGUCCCCUCAGUUUCUGCUGUGAUGAAUAAUCUGAUUGUCUUAAACUUGUUCUCUUAUGCUGGAGAAGGAAGGAAGCAGCCCCAGAACAAGGCAGUGCAGGGGAUGGAAGUCUAGUGCAAUUCCCACUUAGGGUAAAGGAAAGAAGGGAUGAAUGCAAGGGAAAAGGAGGACCCUUUAUACCACAUUGAGAAUCCAAAUCCCUGACCACUCAGUGGAGUUGUAAUGCUGAGAGCUUAAGUCAAACCCCCACAGUCAGUUUAAAGAUCUGAGGAUUUGAUGCAUAGGGGCUGGUCACCCAUUAAGUAAAUUCUAUUGAAUGGGAGUUGUGGCUGUUGAGUACUCUCAGGAACUUGCUUCCCUUCCUACCCCCCCCUCUGCCCCCCAGCCCUGCCCCUCUGCCCCACACACUCAAGGUUCAUUGUGAACAUUCAGCAACUCUCACAGCUAACUCCUGCUGACUGAAACAGAAGUUGAGUGGCUAACUGGAGGAUCUGGUUAGAAGUGUGUAGUUUUUCCUUUGCUCUGUACUGUAGGCUUAACCACUAGUCAGUGCUAACCCUGAGUCUUCCACUACACAGGAUGUGAUGGUAGGUGGCUGGAUCUUUAUGCUCAGGAGAUGGGCAACUGGUCCUAGGCAGCCAGGAGAGUACAGGCAUGCUCUUGCUUAGUGUUCAUUUGUAGCAGUGCCAGAAAUCCAGCAGCAGGGAGGAGUUAGCUAGUAGAGCAGGUACCUCCCCCAUACACUGUAGGACUAGCUUGGUGUUCUCUUCAAAGCACUUUAUGUCAUAACAUGAAACAUUUCAGGCUAGAUCUACAAGAGGUCUUGGUGCAAUUCUCAGCGUUGCAGCACUUUAUUGUCCUAUCCCACUGAAUCCACAGGCCCCAAGAUCAGCCAUCCCAGCCCCACCCUGAGAAACAUUUAAACUAGCCAAUGGGAAAUCCCCAAGGCAAUGAGUACAGAUAAAUUCCUGGAAAGGUCUGGGUUGUAGUACACUGUGACAGGAUUUACAACCAGGAGCCUUUUCCA